UAUUAGCAAGGGGUGAGUGAGAGUAUUCCGGGCACCUGAAAUCGUGUGCGAAUGCACCUGUUCGCUCCCGCCACUUUACCACACACACCACUACAUAAAUUAGAUCGCAAUUUACAGCAGACGGCGGCAUACGUUAAUAACGUUAUAGCGCACAAAUUCUCCGUCAUAGGACUUUGGUAAACGAUCGAGCAUCCGGAUUACAAGAGAAGAAAAAAAAUCAGCGCAAGAUGUCAAAGAAUUGAGAAAAGAGAUUUCAUCGUUGAUACAGAAUGAAACGCGGGAAAUAAUCUCACUUUUGUCAAUUUUGACCUCGCUGGAUGAGAAAAAAAAAUCGCGGAACAUGACGAACAGUCGCUUUGGAAGAAGAGGAUCGAUAUAGGAGCUCAAGGUUGCGUUUCAUCCAGCUGAUUUAACCGUGAGUCUGUGGAUCACUGGGCCGACGCACCAGGCUAAUCUAACGUUAUUGGUUUCGUGGUUUGAUGCCGUCUGGCCUUGUCCGUUGCCAAGGGCGUGUGUAUUUAUAUUUGGACUACAACAUUUCGUAUCAAUUCUGGAAAUAUUAAGCGAUGACCAAUCAGAAUAUCUCAAGAAGGUGAAGAGAAUUAGCCAUGCAGAAAGCAAUACGCUUAGACGACUCCCAGCUUUUGAUGCUGGCGGGCCGAGCUAAGACGGACUUCACCAUCGCUGGUAAUCUACAAAAGAAAAGUUCUGAUACAGGGAAGUGGAAACAACGUUGGUGUGCUCUCUACGAGAACCUUCUUUUCUACUUUGAGAAUGAAACUACCAGUCGACCUUUAGGGCUGAUCUUUGUGGAGGGGUGCUAUUCGGAACAUAUCGUCACCCCAAGGAGCAGUGUCAAAGAGGAAAAACAGUAUUGGUACUUCUCAAUUCACUAUCGCCAUGAUACUCAGAGGCAGUAUGAACUACGUUGUGAAACGGAGGGAGAGGUCAACGCCUGGGUGGAUGCUAUUCAGCACUGCAAUUUCAAUGCGAUACUGCUGCAGAAAGAGGAAUUAGAACAAAAGUACCUCCAUCUUCUUCAGAUUCACGACAGCGAGAAGAUAGCAAAGUUUGGUCUCCGUCAGCAGUGUCAGGAACUCACAGCUGAAGUAGCAAAACUCAAAACAGAAUUGAACCUGCUGCAGAGGAGAGAAAGGAAAAUGUCUGGUUCAAUCAAAGGAACUCCAGAAGAUGAUGAACCGGAGGAUAUUAAAAAGAUUAAGAGAGUCCAAAGCUUCAUACGUGGCUGGCUGUGUCGACGACGUUGGAAAGCCAUAGUGCAGGACUACAUCCGAUCACCACAUGCGGAGAGUAUGCGAAAGCGUAACAGUAUAGUGUUUGGGAUGGUGGAGUGUGAACGCGAGUACGUUGAGCAGCUUUCCACUCUUGUCUCCUGCUUUCUUCGUCCUCUCAAGAUGGCUGCCAGCGCAAAGAAACCACUUAUUUCACAUGAAGAUGUCAACUCAAUAUUCCUCAACAGUGAGACUAUUUUCUUCUUACAUCAAAUCUUCUACAAGGGACUGAGUGCUAGGAUGGAACACUGGCCCAAGCUGGUCCUUGGUGAUUUAUUUGACAUGCUGCUUCCGAUGUUGAGUAUCUACAAUGAAUAUGUGAGAAACCACCACUAUAGUCUACAGGUGUUGGCUGAAUGCAAGCAGAAUCCAGCGUUUAAUCAGCUACUCAAACAAUAUGAGACGAAACCAGUCUGUGAAGCAAGAUCCCUAGAAACAUUCCUCACUUACCCAAUGCAUCAGGUGCCUAGGUACAUUAUAUCUCUGCACGAGCUGCUAGCACACACACCACAUGACCAUGUGGAGAGAAAGAGCCUGGAGUAUGCCAAACUUAAACUGGAAGAGUUGUCCAGGGUGAUGCAUGAUGAGGUUUCAGAGACGGAGAGCAUCAGGAGGAACCUAUCGAUAGAGAGGAUGAUAGUAGAAGGAUGCGAUCUUCUUCUUGAUGUUCAACAGAUGUUUGUCAGACAAGGUAAUCUAAUACAGGUUACCCACGAGAGAUCUAGACAGAGUAGAAGCCGAUUAGGUUCCUUGGGUGGUAAGGUGGAGAGUCGCAAGGAGGGUGUCAGGCAGUGUUUUCUCUUCACCAAACAUCUCCUCAUUACCUCCAGGACAUCAGGUGGCAAGCUACAUCUGGCCAAGGUUGGAGGCAAGAUUCCUUUGAUCGACUCAACCAUUGUAGAAGACUUUGACCCAUUUGACGAUGAUGGAGUGCCAUCGCCUUCCAAUCAGAAUAGUGAUCAUGACAACUUGGAUUUCAAGCUGAUUGUAGAUUCUAAGAGUGGGCCUCCUCUUGUCAUCACACUGGUAGCUUCCACACCACAGGAGAAAGCUGCAUGGACCAGUGAUAUCAGUCAGUGCAUAGACAACUUACAUUACAAUGGCUUACUUGACAGCUCAAUGGAGGACAGUGGCUCAUCUGUACAUCUCCCUCAGUGUAUCAAUAUGUGGAAAGUAUGUUCGAGCAUGGUUAGCUGCCUAUGCGCUACUCCAUAUAGAUCGGACACUCGCCUGUUCAAGGAUGACCACGACAUCCGCUUCAGUAAGAUCCUCAACUCCUGCAAGGUUCCUCAGAUCCGCUACGCCAGUCUUGAGAGACUCCUGGAGAGGUUGACAGAUCUACGCUUCCUCAGUAUCGACUUCCUCAAUACCUUCCUACUAACUUUCAGGGUGUUCACAGACUGGGAGAACAUUAUCUCUACACUAGAGAGGGUCUAUAGGAAUCCUGACACAGUGGAGAGUCAGUUAAAUGUGAACCCACACCCUCCGCCAUCCCCUAGCCACCACGCGAGCGACCCUCAUCACCCUCAUAGCAAUCAGUAUGAAAACAGUCCUCCACCGGCCAGCCCCUCCCGGAGGGGAUUCAUCGACCGUCGGCCCAGUUCUAACAACCAUCCAGGAGCUAACAUCAAGGUGACCAUGACAAGACCAUACCAUGAGGAGAUGGAGAUUGAUGGAGCCGGAGGAGGAGCAGGAGGAGGAGGGGGAGGGGGGAGAAUCUUUGAAGCAAAUACUACUCUCAGGACACACCCAUUCAGAAGAAGCUUCAAAAAAGCCACAGAUGAGAGUCAAAGCAAGACAGAUAGUUCAGUUGUUAUGAGUAUAGCCGAUCCUCAUGUAUCGCCUCCGGACUCUCCGCCUUACUUCCAUACCUUAACUCCUCCUGCUAGUCCUAACCAACUGGAAACCCUACGUCUUCAUCCCAAGAGGAUGCUGUCAAUGAGUCAUUCAGCUCCUAACAUUGCUGCUUUAGUCAAGGCAACCAAACCAGAUCCCAUCCCCAUUCCUCCAACAUCACCCCACCGAUCAUCUGUUGGCAAUAACUUCUUCCAGUUUAGCAGCUCUCCCCCUAACACCACCGUGUCAGCUGGUGUAGUGGUCACUUCCUCCCGUAUGUCCACCCGCAGGUCCAGCUGCUCUUCGGCUGCGGUGGCCUUUGCUGCUGCCACGGCUGGAGCCACCAACGCCAAGGAGUUUGGUGCUCCCAACAACAUGCUCAGUCGAAAGAGGGCAAAGAAAAGUUAUGGACGUAAGCUUGGAAUAUUUCUUUACGAUAUGGAAUUUACAUUUGAUGAAACGAGGAUAAACAGUGGUAAACUUCAGAGUUGUUUGAGUAAAGAGGUCAUCAGUUCAGCCGCUACUGUAAGAGUCAUUAAUGUCAUCCGGCAUUGGGUAUCUAAGUUCUCUAAGAAUUUUGAAUAUGAUGAAGGCCUACGCAAUCGAGUCUUAGAAUUCUUGGAAGAAGUAGCAACCAAUCCCAACCUCCUCCCAUCAGAGCACAGAGCAGCUAGCACCAUUCAACGGCAAAUUAUUCAGGAUCAUGCAAACAUCCGGCUUCAAGGUGAAGCGGAGCUAGCUGCACUGGUUCCUGAUCAACCAUUACCAGAAGAUACCUUUGAUCGAAUGUCAGCAUUAGAGCUAGCAGAACAACUCACCUACCUAGAACAUAAACUACUCAGGGCUAUCCCAUAUUGGGAAUUUCUAAAUCAGGCUUGGAUGAAGCAGGAUAAAGCAACCAGAGCACCUAAUAUCCUUGCUGUUACUAGGAGAUUCAACGAGGUGAGCAAGUUGGUAUCGUCUGAAAUCCUCCGUCAGAAAUCUGUAUCAGCCAGGGCUUUGGCCAUAGAGAGAUGGGCUGGUGUUGCUGAUAUCUGUAGGUGUAUGCAUAACUUCAAUAGUGUACUUGAAAUCACUUCAGCUCUCAUGAACAGCUCCGUGUAUAGACUCAAGAAAGUCUGGGAAAAAGUUCCCAAACAAACGAAGGCUCUUCUGGACAAACUUCAGGUGUUAGUAUCUUCAGAUGGCAGAUUUAAAAAUAUGAGAGAAGCCUUACAUAGAAUCGACCCUCCUUGCGUGCCAUACCUUGGUUUCUAUCUAACUGAUCUUGCCUUCAUUGAAGACGGGACUCCUAACAUCACAGACGAUGGACUCAUUAACUUCUCAAAGAUGAGGAUGAUUGCUCAUGUUGUAAGGGAGAUCAGGCAUUUUCAGCAUACUAACUACAAUAUAGAACCUGACAAAAGGGUAAUAAGCUACCUCCUUGAUACAUCUUUGAUCAUGGAUGACGAUGAGAUGUAUGCCUUGUCUCUAGAGCUGGAGCCAAGACAGUCAACAAGGAUGGCUAAAAGCAUAUAGAACAUUCAUCAUCAUCAUCCUCUACGUGAACAAAGACAGUCGACGAGGGUGGCUAAAAGCUAUCAUAUUGAACAUUCAUCGCCAUCUACUUGAAAUAAGACAGUCUGCCAGAAUGGCUGAAAGCAUAUAGAAUGUUCAUCAAAAACAUUGUCUUCAUCAUCAUCAACAUCCUCUACUUGAACAAGACAAUCUACGAGGAUAGCCAAAAGCUCAUAGAACGUUUGUCACCACCAUCAUCAACAUCAACAUCAUCAUCAGGAUGGCUCAAAGAAUAUAGAACAUUCAUCGUCAUCUUCAAUGUGAAAUAAGACAGUCUACAAGGAUGGCUGAAAGCAUAGAAUGUUUAUCACCAUCAUCAUCACCCUCCUCUUCUUGAACAAGACAGUCUACAAAGAUGGCUAAAAGGACAUAGAAUAUUCAACUUCAUCCCCUACUUUAGCUAAGACAGGAUGGUUAAAAACUCAUAGAGCUUUCAUACUCGGCAUUCUUAUCCUCUAUUUGAACAAAGACAGUCUCCAAGAAUGGAAAGCUGCUUGGAACAUUCGUCCGGAACAGCAUUCGUGACUAUACAUAGAGGAUCUAACUUAAUUCCUGAUGCAGAAACUACAUGCAGGAUACCAACAUGCAAGUUAAGUAGUAAUUAAAGUACCAUCCCAUACAUGUAUGUACAUUUCUAAAAUCUUUGAUAGAAUGUCUAGCACCCACUAAAUAGGGUAAUGUGACUGCAGGGCUAGACUAUAAAUAAUGUGAUGGUUUCACACAAAGUUUUAUUGGAUUCAAACUUGUUGGAUUCAUAUCAAAACUCAAAUUAAGAUUGAUCUCUGUUCCUAUCCCUUAACCUUGUAGAUCAAUCUAAUACUGAGUUUAAAUUAAAGUAUACUCCAACUGUCUACAGUAUGUAUAAGACAAGCCUUGAGAAUGUUUCUCAACUUGAAAGAUUGAAGUGUGACGUAGAAUCGCACUUCAAUUCCAGUUGCGUUGGUCUAAUCAUGCUAAGAAGACGACGGCUACUGCAUAUUGAUCAAUAAGAUUGCGGGUUAAAUUAAUCGUGUGCAUUAUCAUUUCAGCAUGAAUUAAAGUUACGCCUAACUGAUUGUGAAACACCACCAGGGGGGUGUUUCACAAAAAAUAUGACUUAAAUUGCACGUAAAUUCUGACGCGUAUCUGAAAUACAACGCGCAAUCUUAUCGAUCAAUACGCAGUAGUGUGCGUCAUCUUUGCAUGAUCUGACCAAUGCUUUUAUGCCUUUAAUAAGGGUCGCAACUAUGCAUUUAAGUGCGACUCUUAAGUCAUACCUAAAUCUUUGUGAAACACCCCCCAGGUUUAUGUAAUUUUGUGUUCAGAUAAUUUUAUAGAUUACUAUCAAAUGCAGUGGCUGGCAUAUUCACAAUAAAUGUUAAAAUUGAUCUUAUCUAUAAGCCUUUCCACAAUCUAGGACGCAUGAUCUUGAUAAAAAUCAAUGCCAUUUUAGUUCUUGUUACAGUAUCAAACAAGCAUGUACUAUGAUUCAUAAUUACAAUGAAAUGAUUUGUAAUUUCAUUGUUAUUGAAAAUUCAAUUGUUAUUGAAAUACACAAACCAGUUUGGUAACUUAGACGAGAUACAAAAUCUAAAUCCCAAAAAUAACAGACAGUUCUUACAUAAUAAUAUUUAUACGUGCUCUUACUUGACAAAUCUAUAGAUUUUUUUUACGAUUUUAGAAUUUAGGUUUGUAAUAUUCUUGAUCUGGCAUUUGCAGAGAUAUAAAUUUUUACUGUUUGUCAUCGAGAAUCCAUCUGAAACAGGCUUUAUAUGUAGGCGAACGUUUCAUGAAGCUACCUAACAAUAUGCCCUGAACAGAUGAGAGCCCUGUAUCAUUCUGGUAUCUUAUCAGCUGACCUGGAUAUAUCUGCAAACAUUUUGGAUUAAUCAGAGUUUAAGAAGUAAAAGUAAAUUCACUAUCAAGUAAUCCAUCCUCAUCCUUCCCAGUUUAAUAAAUGAAACUCAGAAGAGAGAUGUAAAACUGAAAUAAUUGCAAGUGACUUCUAAAGAAAAUAUCAAGUAGAAAAGUGAAAUAACAAGCUGAUUCCAUCCUGUUCUGAUUUUGCUUACAAAUCUUAGUUUUUCUACAAUAGCCUGUCUGUUCAUAUGUGGAUCAUAUUUCCCCAAAGUUUAGUUUAAUAUGUCCUUCUGUUUUCAAUCCUAAAGAUAAAUUUGGCUGAUGGAAACAUACAAACAUUGUUGGCUUCCUAUUUUUCACUACUCUUUUCUAGAAAAAAGUACUUAUUUAACUCUUUUGCAUUCAGUAUUCUUCUUUCAUUCAGUAUUUAAUUUUGAUAUCUUUAUGUGCUUUUUGUAAGUUCAAAUUAGCUCUCUAUAUAAAUGCUCUCAUGGUUGAAUAUUUUUUUUAUUCAUUCUUUUCAUAUUUUGUUUUCUUCCUGUUGCAUGAGAAAUCAUGUCCAACCUUUUCUGAUGCUGCAAAUUCAUUUGAAUCUGUUAUAUAUUGGGAAUAAACAGUGGAAUAUCUUACAUUUUUUGAAUAGUCGAUUUAGAGUACAUUUGAAUUUUCUGUACAAGGGAAUGAAUAAAUAAAAUGUAUGCCCAGACAUUUCCCCCCUGUGAGAAAAGUCAACAAUAUAUUAUAACUAGGUGUGUUGACUCAUUGGUAGAGCGUCCGUCUCACAACCUGAUGGGUCAGGAAUUCAAGCCCCAGCUGCAUCAGACCAAAAAGAUUUUAAAAGAUGAGAGUUGCUUCUACCGUGUUUGGCACUCAACUAUUUAAGGGAUAGAGCAAUGUCCAUCUGGCGCUGCCGUGCCCACAUUCAAUUGGGCUAAAUGAAUUUUCAGAGUAUUUCUGUUUUGAAUAA